AUGAAGCUCGGCAUAUUAGCAGCCGCCUCUCUGGCGUCCGGUUCCCUCGCAGCCUCGGUCAGAAGCACACAACGAAGAGCCGACUCUCCACACGUCGUUCGCCUAAACAUCUGGCGGAACGAUGCAGACCCCAUACAAACCCAUGCCCUACGCAGGCGACAAACGGUGGAGACCACCAUCGACAACAUGCUCACUCUCUACUUUGUAAACGCCACCGUGGGAUCUCCUCCCCAAGAGGUGAAACUGCACGUCGACACUGGCAGCAGCGAUAUGUGGGUCAACACUCCUAGCUCUGAGUACUGCAGUGCCGAGCGCAGACCCUGCGCAAACGCGGGGACCUACGACCCCGCUCAUUCGACUACCCAGAAGUUCAUCGACAACACAUUUAACAUAUCGUACGUCGACGGCUCGGGUGCCUCGGGCGACUUCGUCACCGACGUCCUCACCAUCGGCGGGACCACCGUCGAGGACCUCCAGUUUGGCGUAGGCACCAAUUCCAGUUCUCCUAGGGGCAUUCUCGGAAUCGGCUACACCACCAACGAGGCUUCCGUCCUCCGCGACGGCGCCAAGCCCUACGAGAACCUGCCCGUCAAGCUGGCGUCUCAGGGCCACAUCCAGUCGGCGGCCUUUAGCAUGUUCCUCAACGACGUCGACUCGCGCACGGGAACCGUGCUCUUCGGAGGCAUCGACAAGAGCCACUUCACGGGUAAUCUCGUCACGGUGCCCAUCCAAAAGGAGAACGACAAAUUCCGCCGUCUCCUCGUGACGCUUAACAAGGUACAAUUCGACAGCACAGCCGUCGGAUCCGACCUCGCCCUCGCCGUCCUCCUCGACUCGGGCUCCUCCAUCACCUACCUCCCCGACGCCAUUGCCAAGGCCAUCUAUGAGCAAGUCGACGCCACCUACGUAGAAGACCAAGGCCUCGCCUUCGUCCCUUGCACCGACCGCGAUUCCUCGCACUCUAUCACCUUCACCUUCGAUGACCCCCUAUCGAUCGUGGUCCCCUACAGCGAGCUCGUCCUCGACAUCCCCACGAGCAGGGGCCGUCGUCCCGUCUUCGACAACGGCCGAGCCGCCUGUCUCUUCGGCAUCGCCCCCGCCGAAUCGGGCAGCAACGUCCUCGGCGACACAUUCAUGCGAUCGGCCUACGUCGUCUUCGACCUCGCCAAUAAUGAGAUUUCCAUGGCGCAGGCGGCGGCAGCAGGAGACGGCACCCAGUCGGACGUUGCCGAGAUUGGCGUCGGUAAAAGCGCCGUUCCUGGCGCGACGAGGGCGCAAAACCCUGUUACUGCUACGCAGGGGUUCACAAAUUCGGGCCAGAAUGUGACGAGUGGAGCGGGAGGGCAGGAGAGCGGUGCUGGGACCGGUGGGAGUCGGAGUGCCAGUGGUUUGGCGAGGGGAGCGAAGGCUGCGGCGGUAUUGGCGGGUGUUGUCACCGCACUGGCGACGGUGGUUUUGACUUAA